AUGCACGCUAAUAACGCACGGAGAAAAAGUGCUAUACUAUUAACGGAGCCUCCAAACCGGAGCCUCACAGUCAGAUGGUCAUUUAGACAUACACAGUGUGGUAAUAAAGCCGGCUUACAUUCGCGCACUAUAAGCAGAGGCCGCCGAAACCUAGUCCUCAUGGCUCCAAUAAAUAAGAAAACUGGGUCCAGCUCCAUAGGAAAAAGUGGGGCUGGGAGUGUUAUCAGCAAAACACCCGCUGGAAAGUCCAGCAAUGUUAUGAAGUUCGGAAGUAAACAAAGCAAUUCUAGCAGCUCUGCGGGGAAAACUUCGACAGCUGGCUUUGGCGACAAAAAGGCAAGCUCAACGCACUUCGGUGGGACCUCAAGUUCUAGUGGGAAGAAUAAUAAUGCUUCUUCCUUUUCAAGCACUAGUGGUUUUGAAAAAAAAAAUAGUGGUACACCAAGCUAUGAAGGAAAACGCAGCGCAGCAUCUAGUUUUGGGGGGCUAGGGUCCGGUUCCAAAAGUCCAAAAAUAUCCGGUGGUACUUUUAUAGCUGCCACGGAUAAAACUUAUGUACCUUCUUAUAUAGACCCGAAAAAUAAAAAAUCCUCUAUGAAGUUUGGAAUCAUAUGGCUUCCAACUAGAAAACGUAAUAAAAUGAAAGAUUCGGUAUACAACCCAUACGAUAACAACAGGCGUGAUCUCUUCAAAGACAGAUCACCAUCAAUGUAUAACUUCAUGUCUGGGGACACAUCUAAUCGUCAAACUUUUAAGAAGAAAGAGGAAGAAAUUGACCUACUGGCAUCCGAUAAAACAAAAUUGCCAGCAACUGUAGCUACAGUAACAUCGGAUGGAUUGUCUUCUGACAUUUCUCACACAGUUAGCUCAGAGGAAAAGCAAGAGUUCAUAAAACAAAAUAAAGAGGAGAGCAAAGAAGCAGCAGGGGAUUCCUAUGAAAAAGAUGAUAAUAGUGAUUAUCUUGAGAACAAGGAAACUAUGACGAAAGCCCCUGAUGCAACAUGGGAGAAAGAUAAUUCUGGAGACAAAGUUGAUAGUGUCUAUUUGCGUCCACCGCCUCCACAUAAGGCUCGGUCAACUGCAUCUACAGUGGAAGAAGAGGAUUGCGUUCCAGGAUAUGAUAAACCUAAUGUUAAGAAAAAUAGAUACAAUCUUAAUGAAAUAGGAAUAGAGCACAAUUUCGAUCAG